AUGGAGCUCGACCCCAAGUACGACGACUAUGACUUCCCCACGGUCGCCCCCGUUGCCGCCCCCGGCCACCCGGGCCACCUAAAGCCCGAGGAGCAGGCCCAGGUCCAUCAACUGCGCAUGCUUCUCGAGGCUGCUGGAUAUACUAAGCGUUUGGACACCCUGACUCUCCUGAGGUUUCUUCGUGCGCGAAAGUUCAACGUUGCGGAAGCCCAAAAAUGGUCCUACGGGUCUAACCUUAAGAAGGACAUGUUCAAGUACUAUCCUCAAUACUACCACAAGACGGACAAGGAUGGCCGACCGCUCUACAUCGAGAAGCUCGGCGGCAUUGACUUGAACGCCAUGUACUCAAUCACUACCUCGGAGCGCUUGAUUACGAACCUCGCUGUAGAGUACGAACGCCUCGCGGAUCCCCGUCUUCCCGCCUGCUCCCGCAAGGCUGGCCAGCUUCUCGAGACCUGCUGCACCAUAAUGGACCUCAAGGGUGUCACUCUCACCAAGAUUCCCAGCGUCUAUGCCCACGUCAAGGAGGUUUCCACACUCUCUCAGGACUACUACCCCGAGCGUCUUGGCCGCUUCUACUUGAUCAACGCUCCCUGGGGGUUCUCUACCGUUUGGGGCGUUAUCAAGGGCUGGAUCGACCCUGUGACCGUACAGAAGAUCAACGUCCUAGGCAGCGGUUACCAGUCGGAGCUCCUUAAGCAGGUCCCCGCCGAGAACCUCCCUGUAGAGUUUGGCGGCAAGUGCGAUUGCGAGGGCGGCUGCCCGUUCAGUGAUAUGGGUCCUUGGAGGGAGAGCGAAUGGACCAAGCCCGCCAAGUGGGAGACGGAGGGCGCCGCCGCUGGCGAUAAGAAGGCUGAUGAGGCCGCGCCUCCCGCGCCCAAGGAGGGUGCUGAGGAGAUCCCCGUCCCUGCUGAGGCAGUCGACCCGCCUGCCGAGGGCGUCAAGGCCCCUGCGCCCGCCUAA